AUGGCGGUCGAUGCAGUCGCGCUGCGCGGAAGCAGCGACGAAUACCUUAACAACCCCUCUACCAACAAGAUCAACAUCGCUCGCCAAUGUGUCUUUGAUACUACUGAGCUGCUCGAAGCCAUUCUUCUUGAGGUCGACAUAUUCACUACACUUGUGGCGUGCACUCGAGUUUCCAAGACUUUCGCCAAUACUAUCUCCAGCUCAAUUGCACUGCAGCGCGCUCUAUGGUUUCAGCCGACUCCUGCGUCGCUGCUCGACCCGGAUACUUCGAAGCUCAAUCCGUUCUUCGUCGCGAGUGGCAAAAACGCCAAUUUCCAUUCUCUAUAUCGAGGUAUUAAAGCUACGCAGAGCAAGACUCCUUUCGGCCCUAAGGAUGGUGACUUCGAACGCAUUCUCGAGUCGACAAAUUGCAUUGCAUUGGAAAAUUUUCCUCCUCGCAAACAUCAAUAUGGCAGCUGGCGUCGCAUGAUUCCGAUGCAAGAUCCGAAUGAAGAAGGACAAGAUCCACAUUGGGUUCUUGACUUCCGACGCGUUCGCCCGGACGUCGCGCCAGGAUAUCUCACGCUGUACCACAUGGACGAGUGUAGUGAUUCUUUGCGUUCGCCUGGAGAUACGACGAUCGCGAUGCAGGGACCUAUGUCUAUCUUCGGUCAACAGAAGAAGCCGCCGACCAUGGAGGAGUUGAUCAUGUUCUCUGCGACAAAUGAGACAAAAGGCAACUGGGAUGAACUCAUCAGGAUCUGGACAGAUGACAGAGAGAAAGACUACCAUGCUUGCUUGGCCCUGAACAAGACUGUCGGCAUAGCACCUGGCAUCCUGAGCUCCAUAGCGUCAGCGCUCGACUUCAUCCUGAGCACACUGACUGAGGAGAACGUAAAGCUUUACUACACGAUACGAUACAAACAACCGAGGAAUUGGGGCUUCAGAAAUGAGUAUGGGACGAAUAGUCAUGCUAAUGCUCAUGACAGCCUGAUCUUCAUGAGCAUUCUCAAAGGCGUUGCAGAUUUGGAGAUAAUUACUCGUCCCGUAGGAAUGCUCCCAAUUUCCAACUGA